GCAAACCGUUGCUGUGGCAACUGUGGAAGGAGAAUACCCGCAGACUGCAGAGAAAAAAUACACGAAUAUAAGUGAUGUUUUUUUUUACAAUGUUGUGACGAUCUCAUGUUAGUACAAGAUAUUGCACUACUCUGACAAGUCGCUCCAAACCGGUCCUAAAUUUGUCUGCCAAAUUUGGGGCUUUCUUUUCGCUCUGACAUAAAACCGACUGGUGUGGAACUGCACUGCGUGGGUUUACUUCAUCGUGCGAAUGAAGGCUAUGUGCGCCUGCAGGAGGCAUACUGCCAUUAUCAAUGUGCUGCAUUAGUCUGGAGCCUUCACGAGGUACUAGCAGCAGCUGAUAAACUAUAGCGAGAAAAAAAAUGUUAACCAUUGCAGGUGAAGAGUUUGCUGUCUGCCCACUGUCACAUAACGUUUGAGGUUGGUUUUUAUAAUGACAGUUAUUGGUGUGGCCCUGGUCAUAUCUGGCCUGACCGCAUUGGGCGUUGGUCUGGUCGCAGUCUGGGCUAAGUUCUGCAGUGAGUCAUGCGAUGCAACCAAGCUACUGGCCUACAUAAGGAGAACCAACGAAGAAAAGACAAGUCUAAUGAAGACAGACUACGGUGCCGCGUACCAGGUUAAUCAGUCAACCGAACUUCCCGCUGCUGAAGAGCCCGAUGGUGGUCAGUUUGUUCAAUAUGAAAACAUAUUUGCCAAAGCAGAGCAGGCGGUCUCUGCGGCUGCGCUGGAAUCGCACGGCAACUUCCAGCAGGCAGACGACCACCAUGACAUCUCCGACUCAGCAUCACGUGACGUCUCCCAGGAUGAACUGCUCAUGCGUAAACUAGUUCGUUGCUAUUCAAGCGAGUCGCUCAGCUCCGUGACGUCGGAAUCUUCGGUUCAAGAAAAUUUCAUGAACGUGGCUGGUCAAAUUGAAGUGGAGUUGGAUUACUCAACAGAGCAUAGCCGCUUCACAUUGACGCUCGUGCAGGCAACAGACCUCAAAGCCACAUGGGAGAACGCCACGCCCACUGACACUUACAUCAAGAUGCAUCUGAUGCCUGAGCAUGAUGUCAAAGGUCAAACCAAGGUGUACCGUAAGAGUCUAAACCCCGUGUACAAUGAGCGAAUCACCCUCAAGAUUGCCAAGGAAGAUCUGGCCGAGCAUUCGCUUAAAUUCACGGUGUACUCUUACGACCGUCACGCCAGGCACGAGGCAAUAGGUGAGACUGUAUUGAAGUUGGGUGAUGUGGAUCUACUCCCGGGACCAUUCAGUACUUGGCUGAAUCUUAGCGAUAUCAAUGAGAAACCGGCCGAUUUAGGUGAUAUCUUGUUCUCACUGAGUUACCUACCAACAGCAGAGCGACUAACGGUGGUUAUUGUCAAAGCACGUGGUCUUAAAUGGACGGACAAUAAAACAACCGCAGACCCAUUUGUGAAAGUCUAUCUAUUACAAGGGGGUAAAAAGGUUAGCAAAAAGAAGUCCUCCGUUAAAAGAGGUGACAAUUGCCCUAUCUUCAACGAAGCCAUGAUGUUUGCGGUACCAUCUACCAUCUUAGACAAAGUUACUGUUCGUAUAUCAGUCUCUGAAAAUGCACCUUCUGGCAAGACCCCCAGCGUAGGUCACGUGUUGGUUGGCUCGACCUGCAAGGGCGCCGCCGUAACACACUGGAAUCAAAUGAUGACCGUCCUGCGCCGUCCGAUAUCCAUGUGGCAUCCAUUGCGCAAAUGAAUAUUAAUUUAUUCAAAAUGGUAAUCGUAUUAUAACUUAUGUAAUAAUGUUCAUAGCGCCGACGAGACUCUUUAGAGCAAGUUCGAGUGUGCACAUUUUAGUCGACUACUGCCCGCAACGUACAUGCGCAGUGACGCACUCACUCGAACGACUCGUUUGGAAGCCUAGUCAACCAUCGGUACCACGGUAUCAACACGUUUUCGCUGUAGCGUCACUGGUACCCUUCUGCGCUUUACACAUGUUAGCAUUAAAUGGAAGUGUGGGGUGACCAGUAGAGAAACCAUGGCAAUUAAGCUGGUUCCAAAAGUAUGGUCGACCAAAGGGUGCGUUCAUUUAGCUUCCCCGGGUCGACCCCGGUUUGUGGCAGGGUUUUUUUCCAGGACGAACGUGGGCAA